AUGGAGGGGUCCGCUUGGAGUGCUGGAGUGUCGGAUGCGUGGGGACCAUCGCUAAGAACGACGAGUACUGGAACUAGCAGUUUGAGUGGUGAUGGUGACGACGAUGCCGAUGGAUUUGAUGCGUUUGCCGCGUGGCCCACUGCCAGUUCGGACAGCGAAGAGAAGAAACAAAUCCAACGUCGGCAUGAAGAGCAGAGAGCAAGUGUCAAGGAGAAGCGUCGUUCCAUCAUUGACGGUCUUCAGUCCUUUCGAAUUCCAGGAGGAGAUUCUUCCUUUGCUUCUGAAGACUUCUCCGCUUUUAGUGAUUCAGAAGAUGACAAACAUAAAAACAAAACAUUACAAAACUUCAUCCAACCAAAACCAAGACAAAAACAAAAACAAACUCAAGAAGAGUCUGUGGAGACCCUCCCUUUCCAAAAUGGAAGAAACACAAAAAACAAAGUCAAAGUAAUUCAAGUCAAGGCUCAGCAGAAGACUCAUCAACUGCUCCAACAAGAAGAUGUCAAACCUACUAGUACAUCAACAAUGACAUCAGGCCCUCCUCUGCACCGCUCCAAAACGUAUCAUGCGCCUCAGCAAACAACAACUACUAGUAUGUCAUCAUCCAUCAAAAGAUCUUCCACCUCCAACCGCAGAGCCAGUUUGGGAAAAAUGGUAAGAUUCCAAAUCAGUGAAACCAAAAUUGUGACUGCAGGACAAGAAUCAGUUGCAUCGGAAGCUGAUGAGCAACACAACAACAACAGCACUAAAACUGAACAACAAAUUCAAGCUCAAACUCAGCCAUCACCAACACAAGAAGAAUUGUUCCAACAAUUCCUCUUUCUACCCAGUGAUGUCAAGUCAAAGACAAAGACAACAAACAAAACCCACAAAAAGGAUCCACUCGCAAGUUCAGACCACAAAGUCAGUACCACCAAACAAAAAAGCACCAGAACAAAAAAGCACAAAUUGCUGCGCAAAAAUUCAAGUCUCAGUGACAUUCGCUUUGAUCAUGAUGACCAUGAUGAUGGACAAGAAGUAGAAGAAAAAGUUCAAGUGACAAAUACUAAACACAAACACGACAAUCAUCAUCACAAGAGCAGCAUGUCACACGACAAGGGGGUUGCUACCGACGAUACUAAUGCCCCCGUCAUGGACUUGUUUACGGGAAUUGCACUCCAUAUGGAUCAUCCUCGCAGUCACGCUGCGAUAGACACGGCCACCAACAACAACAGCAAGAAGGAACAUCGGUACAGCGCCGUCUCCAUUGACACUCACGACCGGGACUUGUUACCCGAUGCCUCCUCCUCGUCCUCCGACAAACACUUCCAACGGCAAAACUCCAAAGAAAAAAAGGAUACCAGUAGCCAUGACAACAAGAAAGCAUUCCAACAACAGAAUUCCAAAGAAAAAAGUAGUGGCAAAAAAUCCAAGGACAAGAACGAGGGUGACAACAAAAACAAAAACGACAACGAUAAUCGGAGACGACUGCUGCGAAGGAAUUCAAGCUUGUCGGAUAUGGAAGACGUGGCUAAGCGAAAGGGAAAGCGGCAACAACAACAACAAGCAACACGCGAACAGAGACGGAUGCAUCAGAGCCUGCGGGAUACCAGUACUAUGACAGGCAAUGAUGACGACUACCUCUUUUUUGACAACAACAACAACAACAACAACAACAACACUAAUACUAAAACUGCGCAUGAUGAGAGUGAUGAUCGACACGAACGGGGGACCAAAACGACAAAACAGGGGACCAAAACGGGGGAUGGGGAAACAAUGAGUCUUUCAUUACGAAAUAAUGUCGACGCGGAUACAAAGAAUAGCAGUGUAGAGGAGGGCAAGUCGGAGAAACGAAGAAGAGACAAGAACAAGUCCAGGCGUGAUGAUGAACACAAAAACAACAAUGCAACUCCCAGUGACACGGAACCUUCCAGUAGUACUGGAAAGAGCAAACAGAGUGGUGACAAUAAUGCACAGAAGGCUUCUGAUCAAAACAACGCCAGGAAGGCACCCGAUCGACGAGGGGUCCUGAAGCGAAACUCCAGCUUGUCGGAUUUGGAAGAACUGGCGACAUCGCGCCGAAGUAAAAAGUCACAAGACGGGAAUAGAAAGUCAAAGGCACAUAGUCGGCUCAAGAUGCACAUGUCAUUGGGCAACUUCUCUCGGAGCAAUAGUAACGAUGAUGACGAGGACGAGACCGCUCAACAACACAUUGGGGGUAGCCUAAGGAUUUCAUCGACGCGGAUGAGCCAGUCAACGCACGAGGUUGGAGAAUCACGCAAGGGAAGUGCCUUGGAGCGCAGCGCCAAGUCGGAACAUGCUCCGUCCAAAAAGACAUCGAGUAGUAAGCAGCGUUCGAGUCGGGACAAGCAGGGCCGAAAGGACAGCACCCACUCUGACCGAUUCGAAAUGCACCAGAAUUUGCAUCAGUUGAAAUCCGAGCAUCGUGCGAUUGAAAAGAAGGCUUCAGCUGAAAAGAGCAGCUCCAGGCGUCGGGGAAGUCUCGGUGGCAGGAGCGAACAUGGAAACGUCAGUAGGACAACGACAAACGAGUCGUCUGCUCAAAGUGGGCUGGAUGUGGCUGGUGAUCGCUCCUCUUCGAAAAGUAAGAGUGCAAGGCUGCAGAGCAAAACAAACCGAUCACUGUCUGGAUCCCAGCGGGUUGACGAGUCCCAAGGCCCAGAGAAAGUCUCUCGGAGGAAUAGCUUAACACCAGACCGAAGUCAGACGGACAGGAAAAGCUCGACAAAAGUGGACAAAUCCACAGAGAAGAUGAAGCAAGAGAGCAUCAGCAGAUCAAGUUCAAGACGGUCGCGAGAAGCGUCGUCCCGGCCACACGGCAGUUCGAAUAAUGAUUUGGGUCGUUCUGCUGCUAGUAACCAGCGGCAAAAACGAAAGACCAGCAUGUCCAAUACCGACACAACCGCGGCAACGAGCACUACCGGUGCCGACAAACGGGAACCGGAAGCUCUGCUUUCAAAGAGCGAUCGCCCGCUGCUGCGACGCAACAAUUCCAGCUUGAAUGAAUUAGAACACAUGGUCCAACGCGCCGAAGAUACGAGCGAGACGACGGGUUUGAAACUGAAGACAAGAAUGUACAUGAGCAUGAGCCAGCUUGACUCAGAACCGAACGUUGGAGGCAGCGAAAAAAACCGAAAUAGAGGCGGAAGCAAGAGCCGGAAGAGUGAAAAGAAGAGUAGGAAGUCUGUUUCGAAACGCGCGGAGGGAGAACUAGAGUGUGGACCCGCAAAUGCUUCGUCGCUAGCGUUGACCAAUGGAAGUGUUUCCAAAUCGGGUGGAUUGGACAAUUCAAAAACAUCGCGUCGAAGUCGAAGCCGAUCGAAAAGCCAGGGUACAAGUAGACGCCGGUCUUCAGCUGAAGCCAAGUCAAAAUCUGACCGUGGUCGUUCAAGCAGUCGGCAUCGCAAAUCAGAUAGCAUGGAGGACAGCAAUGACAGGAAUGGUGUAAAAUCAAGACGAGGCAGCAUGUCCAAAACCUCAGAAAGAUCAGAAGGGACGAAAAAGACCUCCUCCGGGACUCGGAACAGUAAAAAACACAGCUCAUUUCGAAUCAACACGGAGAGCCCCCCUGACGGUGAUCUUGACGAGUUGGAACCCUCGAUGAAAAGCUUUGAUAUGCUGGCGCCCUCACAAUCUCAGGACCGCGAGGAUCGCAUGUACAAGAGCAUGGGGUUCCUCGAUGGGGGCAAAUUGGAAAGGAAGGGUUCUGGGCGCUCGAAACCUCGAGAUCCGCGAUUGAAUGACGACAAGAAAGUUUCGGAAGGGACGCAGUCGGGGGAGAGACCACUGUUGCUGAGAACUGAUUCAGACAUCAGCAGCUUGGGCUUCUCUCAGGCGAGAAAGAGGAAAUCGAACACGAAGAGCUUAGACAGUAUGGAAGCGAAAGCAUCAUCACACCUUUCCUUAGAGGACGAAGAUGCACCAAUCCCUACAGCAAUCAUUAUAGUCGGGGACGAACCGAGCACGAAGGACCGAAAGGACCAACGAAAGCCGGAGACUAAGAAAAGAUGGACACUCGAGGCAUCUGCCGACAGCAAUCACAGCCCAAUGAUGACUAUGCAUUCCAGUUUUGGCAGCCUCGAGGACCUUCCCACUCGAGAAAAACACCAUCUUGAGGAUCGCUUGAACAAGAGUCUCGGUGCUCUGAACUUCCCGUCCCAUGCCAUCUCUCCGCAGUACAACAAAAUAAAGGAAUCGUUUAAAGCAACGGAUAUCCCUGCGAAAGCAAGAUCGAGAAAGUUUGCCGGUGCUCCACUGACUGAUGAAAAAACAAGCAACAAGCCUUCUCAGGGUGGUACUAGUACUCCGAAAUGGAUGAAACGAGCAAGCACACAUUCCCUCCUGACUGAUUUUUCCCAAAUCCCAUCACGUGAACAGCUGAUGCGUCAAAGCUCGGGUGCAAUGGGCACAAGGUCGAUUCAAGACAACAGUCGCAAGCUGUUGCUCGAGCUCACGGAACAGAAGAUGAAACAAGAACCGAAAGAAAAGUUUUGGUCUGUCCUGUCAGAAGCAUUCCAGCCAGCGGAUAUCGAUUCUGCUUCAUAUUCGGGGGUUUAA